AUGCCAGACACCGGGUCCAUCUCCAGCUCCUCCCAUUCACGCUCCCUCUCGCACCAGCAAUCACGCACUCUCUACCCCCGCGGCCCCAGUUUCACGCUCGAAUACUUUUCCGGCCGCGACUACAUAGUCAAAGACUUUAUCGAGUCGCUCUCCGAUACCGCCAUUGCCAGUCGCCGGUCGGCUGGCACCGCUGCUGCAACAUCCACAGCAAAUCAACCCUUUGAUCCGAAACCACUUAUCCGCACAUUCGAGCAUGCGCAGAGAAGUCUGAAUGAUUUGCUGGGCGACUUGGAGAUUAGAGAAAAUGAGUUGUCGGCCGCCGUGAGACGGGCAGAGGCCCAACAUGCGCAGAAUUUGAAUACGUUAGGUCGGAAACUGAGCCAUGCCAUUGAAUCGUUUCAGAAAUUGGAUACGUCGCUGAACGGCGCUCCUUUGAUUUCGUCGUCGGCAACGUCGUCGAAUGGUGUACCCGAGAGUAGCAAUGUUGCAGUGGAAGUGGGUAAGAAGCUUGAAGAACUCGAACGACAACGACGACGUGCCCUGGAUGCUCAUUUCUUGAUUGAAUGCUGGGAUGAAGUUAGCAAUCGUGGUGAUGUGACGAAACUCGAGACACUUCGUAUGUCGGGAAACAGCGAAGGGAAGUUACGAGCAGCGCAUAUUGCGAAACAAUUACUACGGAUCAGUCAGAGGUUGGAUCCGAAGAGUUGGAAUGAUACGUCUAAUGGAAACGGGCACUACGCGAAUAGUGAGGGGUUAAUGUCUCCAGGAUUGAAUGGGAAUGGAAACGGCAAUCACUUCCCGAAGAAAGACACGAGAGAGAUUAUUGAAAAGUUUUCCGAAACCCUCGAGAAGGAUCUACUCAAACAAUUCGACGACUUCUACCGAAAAGCUAACUUUGACGGAAUGAAAGAAUGUGCUUCGGUACUUCGAGACUUCAACGGAGGCGCCAGCGUGAUUGCCCUGUUUGUCAAUCAACAUCAGUUCUUCAUCGAUAGGAGUCAACUUGUCACUGAAGAAAUCGGCGGAGACGCAGAGACAUGGGAGAAAUUAGCUGAUCCUGAUGCAGACCCGCCGGGUGUCGAGCCUAGUCUACAGUCUUUGGUGGAUGAUGUCAAGGUCGUUGUGCAGGACGAGUCUACGAUUAUUCGCCGCGCGUUCCCUUAUUACGAUGAAGUGUUGUCUCGGUUCUUGCAGCGAGUAUUUCAGCAAUCCAUCCAGCAGAGACUAGAGAUGGUGCUUGACAAGGCAAACAGCGUAUCGUCGCUGGCGUUUUUACGAUCGCUUCAAAGCUCGAGGAGUUAUCUCAAUUCGUUGGUUGAUGAUUUGAAAGCCCACGGAUUGACUGAGGCGCCUGAUCCAAUUUCGUCUCAAACGGCAAUCGUGCUCGAUCAACAACUGGAGGACUUGUUCGUGCCUUACUUUGUCGGAUCUUCUUACAUCGAACGCGAGAAACGAAAUCUAGAAGAAUUGUAUACAUCACUACUUUUCAAGUUCACUGCAUUCCAUGCGCGGCGCAAAAAGACUGCUACGACCACGUUUAUGGCGUCGUUGGCCAAAAGUGGUAGCGAAUUGUUGGCAUCUGCCAAGGAGUCUUAUCUGUACCGACUUGAAAGCUCAGACUCAACUCCUACACAGCGCCAGAUGCUGCUCCGCGUCGCUGGACUUCGGGACUCGGGGGAUGUGAGUGGCAAACCUGCAGAACCAGAAUUCACUGAAGAGGACGGCUUACUGUCCGUGGCAUAUGCGAAACGAAUGCUGAAAUGGCUAGCUGAAGGAGUUGGACGCGGUUUAGAGUUGAGUGUCAGUAGCGAAACACCCAAAGACGUCUCUUCGCUUUUGAAUCUGCUUCUUUCCACAAUGGCAGAGGGAUAUAUUGAGAUUGGUCUCGAGGCAGCGCUAGACGCAGCAUUGGCCCAAGAAAAUACCAAAACCGAGCCCGAUUUUACUUAUCUGCAUACUCUCCGCACAGCGAUUAGCGUCACGCAUCUGAUGUUGACGUGUAUCAACACAGUGCUCAUCCCUUUGGCAGCGAACAAUGUGACGACGCGACGGGAUAUGGAGAAGAAGACGAAUGCCGUUGUGAGCAGAAUCGAGGAUAAAAUCAAUGCUAUUGAACAGCGCACGAUUGAUGUGGCAUUGACCUGGGUUUCGAAGCUUCUAGGCGGACAGAAGAAGAAUGAUUUUCGACCGAAAGAAGAUAACUCAACGGCGUGGUUGGAGAUGUUGCAGACUCCGACAUGUGAAAGUAUAUGCACAUUCCUAACGCAGCUCCAAAACACAAUCCUCACCUCCCUCCCUCCCAGCGGCUCCAAUAUACGGACUCUCUUCACUGAACUCGCGCUCGGCGUCCGCAGCCAAAUCCUCGACCACUUCCGUCGCUUCCAAGUUAGCGGUUCCGGCGGGUUAAUGGUCACAAAGGACAUGACCCGCUACGCAAACCUGCUCAAAUCAUGGGACUUGGAGGACGAAGAACAAGUCAAGGCUGCCAUUGACGUGUUGCUUGAAGUUGGCAGUUUGUUUGUCGUUGGACCUGAGGCGUUGAGGGAGAAGUUGCGUGGUCCGGCUACGAGUGCUGGUAGUACCGGCACCUCCACCAACAACGGGAAUGGUAACGGCAACGGAGGAAAUCGUCCUACGGCCGCGGCUGUUGCGACGGAUGGGUUUGCGUUGUCGGUGCAGGAUAUUAGGGCUUAUGUUAUGAGGAGGGCUGAUACGAAUACAGCAGCAAUGCAGAGUGUGUUGAGUUCGCUAUAG